GUUUUUCCGGUUUUAAGCGGAUAUUUUGAGCUUUUUAAGCGUGUUAGAGGUUUAUUCACACGCGUGCGCGUCUUUACGCCACACUGUCAUGUUUACAGUAUUUUAGUUUUCGGAGCUGGAAAACCCCCGAGGAGCGACAUGUCGGCGCUGCUGCAGGUUCCAGGGUACGACCAGGAGAGGCUGCGGAGCGUCGCGGAGCGGCUGCCGUGCAGGGAGGCCCAGGCCGGUACGCUGCUGUCGCUCCUGGGAGAGCCACAGCAGUACAGCUACCCUUCAGUCUUCAUCUAUGGACACAGAGCUUCGGGGAAAAGUCACGUGGUGGACGUUUUAAUGGAAGAGCUGGAGCUGCCUUGCGUCGCAGUCAGCUGUGUUGAAUGUGUAUCCAUGGCGCUGCUAUUUGAACGAGUGCUGCUGACCUUCUUCGGCCCCGACGCCACCUCGCUGCUCCCCCGCUUCCCCUCCAUGUCCGACUUCGUGCGGAUCUACAAACGGCAGCGGCUGCAGUCGCCCGCCAAGCAGACGCGAUACAUCGUGAUGGAGAAAGCAGAGCUCCUGAGAGACGGCGACGCCAAUCUCCUCCCCGCACUCCUGCGUCUUCAGGAACUGGUCGAGGACAACCUCACCGUCAUCCUGCUCAGUGAAAUCGUGUGGGACCUGUUCCGACCGAACACCGGCUGCUUCGAGCCGCUGCAGCUCCACUUCCCCGACUACAGCAAAGGUGAGCUGCAGGAGAUUUUGUCGAAGGACAAACAUCCGUCGUACUCGGCGGAGUUUUACUCGUCCUACAUCAACAUCCUGCUGGGGGUUUUCUACUCGGUGUGUCGAGACCUGCGAGAGCUGCGUCACCUGGCCGCCCUCAACUUCACCAAGUUCUGUGAGCCUUUGACAGAAGGGAAAGUGAAGGAGACGGACACACACAAGCUGUGGCGGAACAUCGAGCCUCACUUGAAAAAGGCCAUGCAGACGGUUUACAUCCGGGAGGUUUCCAGCCUGCAGUGGGAGCAGAUGCAGCAGAUGGAGGAGAAGGAGAGCGGCGCUCUGAGAGGCUUAUCGGCGCACACUCACAUCGAGCUGCCGUAUUACUCCAAGUUCCUGCUGAUCGCCGCUUAUCUGGCCUCCUACAAUCCUGCUCGGACAGAUAAACGCUUCUUUCUGAAGCAUCAUGGGAAAAUUCGAAAAACAGCCAAGUUCUUGAAGAAAAAUGAGAAGACGAGUAACCACCUCCUGGGGCCGAAGCCCUUCCCUCUGGACCGUCUGCUCGCCAUCUUUUACAGUGUGGUGGACAGCAGGGUCGCCCCGACCGCCAGCAUCUUCUCUCAGAUCUCCUCCCUGGUGACCUUACAGCUGCUGGCUCAGGUCAGCCACGACGACCAGCUCGACGCCCCCAAGUACAAGUGCUGCGUCUCCCUGGACUUCAUCUGCGCCAUCUCCAGGACGGUGAACUUUGAAAUCGUCAAAUAUCUCUACGACUUCGUGUGAGCCCGAAGAGACGAAUCUCAGACCAAAGGAGUCCAGUUCUGUUGCUGCCCCCUUGUGGUGGAUCGAUAAACUAUUUUUUUUUUCCUUCAAUGUUUCUAUUUGUACAGAAUAAAAGACAAGUGAUCGCCUUCA